AUGCCCAUCGGUAACCCAAUCAAUACGAAUGAUAUCAAGUCCAACCGCAUGCGCCAGGAAUCAAAUAUGAGUGCCGUGAGCAAUAGCGAAAGUACUAUUGGCCAGUCCACCCAACAGCAGCAGCAACAACAACAAUAUCUCGGCCAGAGCGUUCAACCUCUGAUGCCCGUAUCCUACCAAUACGUAGUUCCUGAACAGUGGCCGUACCCGCAAUAUUAUCAGCAGCCGCAAUCCCAGUCUCAACAGCAACUGCAAUCCCAGCCUCAGAUGUAUCAAGUUCAAGAAUCCUUUCAGAGUAGCGGUUCUGACUCAAAUGCUUCCAAUCCACCUUCCACGUCUGUAGGUGUUCCUUCCAACGCUACUGCAACUGCGUUACCGAAUGGUUCUGCAAUCACCACCAAAAAAAGCAAUAACAGUACUAAUAUCAGUAACAAUGUACCAUACUACUAUUAUUUUCCCCAAAUGCAAGCCCAACAAUCAAUGGCAUAUUCGUAUCCACAAGCGUAUUAUUAUUAUCCUGCAAACGGCGAUGGAACCACUAACGGUGCAACACCAUCUGUAACCAGUAAUCAAGUCCAAAACCCCAAUUUGGAAAAAACCUACUCAACCUUUGAACAACAGCAACAACACCAGCAGCAACAACAAUUACAAGCUCAAACGUAUCCGGCCCAACCACCAAAGAUAGGUAAUGCAUUUUCAAAGUUCAGUAAAUCUGGACCACCUUCUGAUUCGUCCAGUGGCUCUAUGUCUCCCAAUUCUAAUCGCACUAGUCGCAAUAGUAAUAGUAUCUCGUCCUUAGCUCAGCAGCCUCCAAUGUCAAACUAUCCACAACCUUCCACCUACCAAUACCCCGGUUUUCACAAGACUUCGUCAAUUCCAAACUCGCAUUCUCCAAUUCCUCCAAGAUCAUUAACAACGCCAACUCAAGGUCCAACCAGCCAAAAUGGACCUUUAAGCUACAAUCUUCCGCAAGUGGGUUUGCUACCGCCUCAGCAACAACAACAGGUGAGCCCGUUGUAUGAUGGAAAUUCUAUAACUCCACCAGUUAAACCCUCUACUGAUCAAGAAACUUAUUUAACUGCAAAUAGGCACGGAGUGUCAGAUCAACAGUAUGACUCAAUGGCUAAAACCAUGAAUUCUUUCCAAACAACUACCAUAAGGCACCCGAUGCCCUUAAUCGCCACUACCAAUGCCACAGGCAGUAACACCAGCGGCACUUCGGCAAGUAUAAUAAGGCCAAGAGUAACAACAACAAUGUGGGAGGAUGAAAAAACGCUAUGUUAUCAGGUAGAAGCUAACGGUAUUUCAGUGGUAAGAAGAGCAGAUAAUGAUAUGGUUAAUGGUACCAAACUUCUGAAUGUAACUAAGAUGACAAGAGGUAGAAGAGAUGGUAUUCUAAAAGCGGAAAAAAUCAGGCAUGUGGUGAAGAUUGGUUCCAUGCAUUUGAAGGGUGUCUGGAUACCGUUUGAGCGUGCCCUAGCAAUAGCACAAAGAGAAAAAAUUGCUGACUAUCUUUAUCCCUUGUUCAUCAGGGAUAUUCAGAGCGUAUUGAAACAAAAUAAUCCAAGCAAUGAUAGCAGUAGUAGUAGCAGUAGCACUGGUAUUAAAUCCAUCAGUCCGCGUACCUAUUAUCAACCUAUUAACAACUAUCAAAAUCCUAAUGGUCCUUCAAAUAUAUCUGCUGCUCAGCUGACAUACUCCUCAAUGAAUUUGAACAACAAAAUUAUACCCAAUAAUUCUAUACCAGCUGUAAGUACAAUCGCUGCGGGUGAAAAGCCCUUGAAAAAAUGCACAAUGCCUAACUCUAACCAACUAGAAGGACAUACUAUAACUAACCUACAGACCCUUUCGGCAACAAUGCCGAUGAAACAACAACUGAUGGGCAACAUAGCUUCACCCUUAUCGUAUCCACGCAACGCCACAAUGAAUUCGGCAAGUACAUUAGGCAUUACACCUGCAGAUUCAAAGCCUUUGACACCUUCUCCAACUACAACAAACACAAAUCAAUCAUCUGAAUCAAAUGUGGGAAGUAUCCAUACAGGAAUCACCCUUCCAAGAGUGGAAUCUGAAUCGGCAUCACAUUCCAAAUGGUCUAAGGAAGCAGACAGUGGGAAUACUGUACCAGAUAAUCAAACAUUAAAGGAGCCACGAUCUAGUCAAUUACCAAUCUCCGCAUUGACUUCGACGGAUACUGACAAAAUAAAAACAAGUACAAGCGAUGAAGCAACACAACCGAACGAACCUAGUGAAGCAGAACCUGUCAAGGAGUCAGAGUCAUCCAAAUCACAAGUUGAUGGAGCUGGCGAUGUCUCCAACGAAGAAAUUGCUGCUGAUGAUACAAAAAAACAAGAAAAAUAG